GAAUUUUUUAGAAAAUAGAGGGACGCGAAGGGAGCAAGGCAGGAGGGCAGGUUCCUCGUUUGAUUUUUGGUUUAAAAGCAAGGCAGAGAGCUAACGGCAAAACAUUUCUUGGGAUUUCUUAUUGGAAACCCAAAUGGAAAACAGUGGUACUAGCGGUGGCGUUGACGAUGCCAAGACAGCCACCACCAUAACACUGAACAUCAAGUUCAGUGGAAGAUCCAUACCUGUUUCUGUCUCUCCGAACUCUACCGUCAAAGACCUCAAGUCUCUUCUCCAGCCUCUCACCAAUGUCCUUACUCGGGGACAAAAACUCAUUUUCAAAGGGAGGGUUCUGGCAGAUGGCAUGACGUUGCGUGAGUCGGAGAUCACGGAUGGGGCUAAGGUUAUGCUGAUGGCUUCUCAGGGCUUGCAUCAAGGGGGCGGUCCAAUCUUGAAGGAAGCUCCAACCCGUCCCAUUUUGAGGGAAACAGCGCAUGCCAAUCCAAAGGGGAAUAAGAGGUCUGAAGUUUUUAUUGGUAAGGGUCAUUUGGAUCGGUGGAAGCUUACUGGAGUUAUUGCAUUGUCUGAAUGCCAUUUGAAGGCUAUACCUGAUGAAGUGUGGGUUUGUGGACCUUCUGCAAGAGUACUUGAUCUAAACAACAACUUUAUUCAAGAUGUACCAGUCAAAAUUGGCUGUUUGAGUUCUAUGCAGAAAUUGCUCCUUAGUGCAAAUGAUAUAUUGGAUGAAUCCAUUAGCUGGGAAGGAGUAGUAUCUCUGAAGUCUCUAACAGUUCUGUCUCUGAGCCAAAACUAUUUAACAAUGUUGCCUUCUGCACUGGGUGCUCUGACUUCUCUAAGGCAACUUCACAUUGCAAGCAACAAGCUGAAAAGUCUCCCAAUCCAGAUAGGACUUAUGACUCAGCUGGAAGUUUUGAAAGCUAACAAUAAUAGGAUAAGCACCAUUCCUACACAAAUAGGCGAUUGUAAUUCUCUAAUUGAGGUUGAAUUUUCAUCGAACCUUCUGUCAGAGUUGCCUGAGACAUUUAGCAAUUUACAAAAUCUAAAGGCUCUGCAUCUAAGUAACAAUGGGAUCAAAUCCCUCCCCCGUAAUUUAUUCAAGAUGUGCCUCCAACUCUCAACCCUUGAUCUCCAUGGCACCGAAAUCACUAUGGAUCUCCUCCGUCAAUUUGAAGGAUGGGAAAAUUUUGAUGAACGUCGUCGGGACAAACAUCAGAAGCAACUGGAUUUUAGAGUUGUGGACUCUACCGCAUUUGAUGAAGGAGCUGAUAAAAACUGACAGCAUAGUUGGCUGCUCAUAUAAAUCGGCUCCGCAAAUAGAUUCAGACGUGUUACAGGUGCAAAACAUUGUAGCUCUCUUUUAUGCGUGAUUUUUCUGUCACAUUUUUUGAAAUCAUAAACAUGGACUAUUGUUUGUUUUCGGAUGGCAAAAA